AUGGAGGCAUCACGAGGGCCGCCAAAGGUCAAGAACAAGGCCGCCGCACCUGUUCAGAUCUCUGCGGAGCAAUUGCUUCGGGAGGCAGUUGACCGUCAAGAGGUUGCGCUGCAAGCGCCCACUCAGCGCUUUGCCGAUUUGGAGGAACUGCAUGAGUUUCAGGGAAGAAAACGGAGAGAGUUUGAGGACUAUGUCCGGCGCAACAGAGUGAAUCUCAACAACUGGAUGCGCUAUGCACAAUGGGAGCUGGAACAGAAGGAAUUCGCGCGCGCUCGAUCGGUCUUCGAGCGCGCGCUGGAUGUGCACCCUAAUGAGAUCCGUCUUUGGAUUAGGUACAUUGAGUCGGAGAUGAAAUGCCGAAACAUCAACCAUGCGCGAAAUCUACUCGACAGGGCCGUCGCGCGCCUGCCCCGUGUCGAUAAACUAUGGUACAAGUAUGUUUACAUGGAGGAGAUGCUGGGCAAUGUCCCGGGAACCCGUCAAGUUUUCGACCGUUGGAUGCAGUGGCAGCCCGACGAAGCGGCAUGGAGCGCCUACAUCAAACUAGAAAAACGAUAUGGCGAGUACGACCGAGCCAGGGACAUAUUCAGGGCCUUUACGCUUGUUCACCCUGAACCCAGAAAUUGGAUCAAAUGGGCACGCUUUGAGGAGGAAUACGGCACUAGCGACAUGGUUCGUGACGUGUUUGGAACUGCCAUCGGAGAAUUGGGCGACGAAUUCGUGGACGAGAAGCUCUUCAUCGCCUAUGCGAGAUACGAGGCAAAGCUGAAGGAGUACGAGAGAGCCAGGGCAAUCUACAAAUACGCCCUGGAUCGUUUGCCUCGUUCCAAAUCCAUGGCCCUCCACAAGGCAUACACGAUGUUUGAGAAGCAGUUUGGGGACAAGGAUGGUGUUGAGGACGUCGUGCUGUCGAAGCGUCGCGUCUUUUACGAGGCUCAGGUGAAGGAGAACCCGAAGAACUACGAUACGUGGUUCGACUACACACGCCUCGAGGAAACAUCUGGUGACCUCGACAGAGUUCGAGAUGUUUACGAGAGGGCAGUUGCCCAAGUGCCACCAGCGCAGGAGAAGAGGUUCUGGAGGCGCUACAUCUACCUAUGGAUCAACUACGCCAUUUUCGAGGAGCUUCAGGCAAAGGAUGCCGAGCGCGCACGGCAAAUUUACAGGGUGUGUCUGGAGCUGAUACCGCACAAAAAGUUCACGUUUGCCAAGAUCUGGCUGCUGAAGGCGCAGUUCGAGCUCCGUCAAGGCGAGCUCACGGCGGCUCGCAAGACGUUGGGCCAGGCUAUCGGCAUGUGUCCCAAGGACAAGCUGUUCAGGGGCUAUAUCGAGUUGGAGCUCAAGCUUUUCGAAUUCUUGCGAUGUCGGACGCUGUAUGAGAAGCAUAUCGAGUGGAAUCCGUCCAACUGCCAGACCUGGAUCAAGUUUGCCGAACUCGAGCGUGGCCUCGAUGACCUGGAGCGUACCAGAGCCAUCUUCGAGCUGGCUGUCAGCCAGCCGGUUCUCGACAUGCCUGAGCUGCUGUGGAAGGCGUACAUUGACUUUGAGGAGGAAGAGGGAGAGUACGAGAGGACAAGAGAGCUCUACGAGCGCCUCCUCGAGAAGACGGACCACGUCAAGGUAUGGAUCAGCUUUGCGCACUUCGAGCUCAACAUACCCGAAGAUGAGGAGGAGGCAGAGGAGGAGGCGCCGAUCAGCAACGAGGCCAAGGCACGGGCGCGCAAGGUUUUCGAGCGCGCACACAAGAGCAUGCGCGAAAAAGAUCUCAAGGAGGAGGCUGUCACACUGCUCAACGCUUGGUUGUCGUUUGAGCGGACGCACGGCGUCGACGACGACGUAGCGAAGGUGCAGAAGUUGAUGCCGCGCAAGACGAAGCGCAGAAGGCGCCUCGACGAUGACAGCUUUGAGGAGUAUAUUGACUAUGUUUUCCCGGCCGACGACAAGCAGACCCAGAAUCUAUCCAAUCUGUUGGCCAUGGCACAGGCUUGGAAGCAACAGGGAGGAGAUGCUGCGGCAUAA